AUGGCAGUCUAUUUAACAAAGAAAAUGUUAUCAAAGAUGAAUCAAGUGAAAUAUCCGUGUGGUUCGCCUGUUAAGAUCGAGACAAGUAAUCGUGAUGAUCCUUGGCCUAGCCUUAUAAACGAGAGCAACAAUAAGGUGUUGCAUCUGUCUAAGGAAAUGAUAUGUAGAGUGUGUGCCAGAAGUGCCUGCCAUCCCCUGAGGGAUCGAAUCAACGGUUACGAUAUUAUGAGUGCUAUACGAAGUGUUUGCAACAUUACUAUAGAAGUUGAUGAUUCCUUGCCAAAGUUCAUUUGUACUGAAUGUUUGGAAAGCUUGAAGAAUGCAAUUAAUUUUAAAAGCUUGUGUGAAGCCUCGGAUAAGAAAUUUAAGAAAAUAUUAAACCCAACAGGCAAUCCAGUGACACCAUCAUAUCCCUAUUCAAAACAUGACUUCCAAUUAAUACUGCAUCAGAUGAAGAAGAAGAGGAUGGAAAUUCAGGAACAGGCUGCUCAGGAACAGAUGAGGAGAGAAAGACAAAUGCAACAAAAGAAGCAACCUAAAGUGAAACAGUUCAAGUGUUCACCUUGUGACUUGACAUUCCCUAGUAAGGCCGAGUUGAUGGAUCACCGACGGGAGCGGCAGUGUAUGCGGCGCGCGUGUGAUAUCUGUGGCCAGUUGGUACUGAGCAUCGCCCAACACAUGCGUCACAUACACAAGCAGACUGUGCCACACCAGUGCCCUACUUGUGGCAAGGAGUUCCCUAUUAUUGCUAGACUUAAAAAUCACAUGUUGGUCCACACAAACACAUUCAACUUCUUCUGUGAUCUGUGCCCAUACAGAUGCAAACACAAAUACUACCUAGUGAUGCAUAUGCGCACACAUACUGGUGAGAAACCAUACAAGUGUACUGAGUGCACUGCUACCUUCGUCAACCCUUCCAAUCUCAACAAACACAAGCUUACACAUCAGGCUAAACAAUUUAAGUGCGUUCUUUGCGAAAAAUCGUUCCGCACGAGCACGGCGCUUCGGGAGCACCACGAGGCCACGCAUAUGAACAUCAAACACACAUGUAACUACUGCGGACGUGACUUCUGUUACAAGUCGGACCUACGCAAGCAUGAAAUAAGGAACCACAACCGGAUGAAACGUGACUAUAUAGGCGGGGAGCCGACGUACAAGCAAGUGGAGAGGAUGCAGAAAAUGCAGGAGACUGAUGAGAUGGACAAGUGGCGUUCGCAGGAGAUGGCCAUGGCGCAGGUGCCAGUGCCACAGAACACGUACAUCGAACAGCCCAAGGAGUACAUCUCCAAUCACACCCUGUUCUACCCCGAUGUCGGUAUGCUACAGCCGCAACCGCCGCAGCAUCCACAUAUGAGUGAGUUUAUUUUGAUCAUGUCUCAAAUUACGUUAAUAGUUUACGCGUUUUAG